AUGGCUAGAAAAUCUUUGGCGGAGCAGAUCGCGGAACUCAACAAGCCCGAGAACGAUUAUGACAUUGAAAAUAGCGAGUUAGCUGAUCCAUUUGCCGAAAACGGUUCCGACGGUAUGUCGCUGGGUGAGUCUGACACUGAGUUGAGAAACGAGCAUUAUGUAUCGAUGCCCAAGUCACAGUUAAGAAAAAAGAACGAUAAGCUUGUUGUCGACAAGAAAUAUACUGGCCAGGUCACGGAUAGAAAUGCCUUAUACGGAGAUGAUGAAGAAGAUGGAGAUGAGGAUAGUGCACAAGAUGAGGAGGAAGAUGAAGAGGAUGAACUAAAUGGAGAAGACAUCAAUGGAGAAGACAGCGACUCGGGUGCUUCUUUGAGAGCAAACAGUGAAAGCGAAAGCGAUAAUGACAUGGAAAGUGAAGAUGAUGGUGAAAGUGAUAAUGAACAGCUCGAAGAUGCAGAUGUUAAAAGAGCCAAAAUUAAAGCAAUGAUGGCUAAGGAAAGAGGCCACAUUGUCAAUAGACUCUCGCAGGCUGCCACUCUGGAUGCUCUCAAAGGCUACUCCAUCAUGCAACAACACAAAUUGUUCGAUGCUGUCAUCGACUCCAGAUUGAAGAUCCAGAAAGCUGUUGCUAACUCCAACUUGCUUCCAGCAUCGACUGAGAUCCUCGAUAGCGAGGAGUUGGCUUCGGGGGCCACUGCAAAGUAUAUCCAGAAGGCUGCAGACAAAUGCUACGACUUGCUCGACACCAUUUUCCAGUUGCGUACCCAAUUAUACUCGAAGGAGAAGGUGGUGACGGAGGAAUUCGAGAGAACACCCAAAAAGAGAACAUUAGAGCAGUACUUGGCCACUACAGGCGAUUAUGAUGACGUGUUGAACAAGUAUAGAGCAUCGGUGUUGACGAAAUGGCUGGCCAAGAUCCAGAACUCGUCGGGAUCAAGUGCCAUGAAUGCAUCCAAGUUUAGAGCUUUGAACCAGUCUGCUGAGCAGCAGGUCGUCAACAACCUUUCGGACAUGGACAGACUCGUCAAGCGUACACGUCUUAACAGAAGACAGGUGAAGCCUUUGGGAUACGAGAAAUACAUUCUGGCUACUACGAAAGAGGAUGGGGAUAACAACGAUGAUGAGAACAGCGACAUUCCUAAAGCUGUUCAGAACAGAUCACACAAUAUGGAGGAGUUGGGACUGAUUUUUGACGAUGAGGACUUCUACAGAGUGUUACUUAAUGACUUGGUUGAUAAAAAGAUUCAAUCUAACGAUCCUACCUCAGGACUCCAGUUUGCAUUGAGGGGAGCUGCAUCGACCAAGUUGAAGAAGAAUGUCGACAAUAAGGCAUCCAAGGGUCGCAAGCUUCGGUAUCAUGUCCAAGAGGCCAUUGCCAACUUCGAAACGCCUCGCGCCUCAUUAAAAUGGAACGACGACCAGAUUGACGAGUUCUUUGCAUCGCUCUUGGGUCAAAAGGUGAACAUGAAGGAAGAGGACGACCACAGCGAAAGUGAGGCUGAGGAUGAGGACGACAUUGUAGCUGGCCAGGACACCAUCCAGUUGUUUGGAUAA